CAGUUUUAUUUUAUAAUCACGAGCGUGUUUCUGUGUAUAAAUGUAAGACACAUCUUCUUCUUCCUCCUUCUCUGGCAUCUUUCUCUCCACUCUCAAGAUUAACAUUAACCAACAAAAGAAACAAAUCCUCUCAUCUUCGUUCUCCUCCAACGAUUUUUAUCAUUUCCGAUGACGCAUCUAAACAAAAAACCCAGGUUAGAGAAGAACCUCACGGUCAACCACAUCGAUGACUUACCUGACGAUCUCGUCUUCUCUAUCCUCCGCAAACUCAGUUCCUCCGCUUCUUGUCCCGCCGAUUUCUUCAACGUUCUCAUCACAUGCAAGAGACUGAAUCGACUGGGUUUGCAUCCUAUGGUUUUAUCCAGAGCGGGAACUCAAACCCUAGCCGUCACGGCGGAGAAAUGGUCUGACUCCGCUCACAGAUUCCUCAAACUCUGUGUUAAUGCCGGAAACAUUGACGCUUGCUACGCUCUCGGAAUGAUCCGAUUUUACUGUCUUCAAAACCCAGUGAGCGGCGCUUCUUUGAUGGCCAGAGCGGCGAUUAAGUCUCACGCGCCGGCGCUUUACUCGUUGUCGGUGAUUCAGUUUAACGGGAGCGGCGGUAACAAAUCCGACAAGAACUUACGCGCCGGAGUCGCUCUCUGCGCGCGUUCCGCUUACCUCGGCCACGUCGACGCGCUCCGAGAGCUCGGUCACUGCCUGCAAGACGGUUACGGCGUUCCUCGCGACGUCGCCGAAGGUCGUCGGCUUUUGAUUCAAGCGAACGCGAGGGAGCUCGCUGGUUCUCUACGCUCUUACCUCUCUCUCAAAUCCGGGGACGAGACGCUAACCGAACUCAACGGAUUACAGGUUCAGGAGAUUCGUCCAGUAAACCGGUUUUUGAAGGAUUGGUUUGAUUCUGGUCGGGUUGUUUUGGCGGAGGGGUUGAGGAUGUGUUCUCACGGCGGUUGCGGGAGGCCGGAGACUCGGUCGCAUGAAUUCCGGCGAUGUUCGGUCUGUGGGAAAGUGAACUACUGUUCGAGAGGAUGUCAGGCGUUAGAUUGGAGAGUGAAGCAUAAGAUGGAAUGUUCCCCGUUAGAUCUGUGGGUUGGGGCUGCGGCGAUCGGCGUAGGUGACGAGGACGUUGAUGCUGUGGAAGUUGAGAAUCAUGCUGCUCGAUAACUGCUCUGCCUCUUUUUUAGUUUUUAAAUGUUAAAUCAGAAAAUGUCUAAUUUUGCCAGCAGGUCUGUCUCUGUAACCUUUUUGACUUUUUUUUUUGGUUAUUGAUAAUCGAUCAUCUUUUCAUGUUUU